GAGUGUAUUUUAUCAGUGUUAAUGUUCAAUUGUCGGCGAACAGUGGCCUGUGUUGUUUUAGAAACAAAAUAUUUUGACACACACAUAUCGCGUAUUUAGUUAGCCCCUAUGAGACAAACUGAGUCCAUAGUCACAAACUUUACAGGGCAAUUUUACAGGAAUAAAAAUAUUGUUAACUGCGUCGAAAUUCAUUUUCUGUUCAAAGUGAUGAUUAAUUACAUAUGACAAUUAUGGAAGACCAGGAGUUCUCCCGGACCACGGGGUCAGUGACCCUGCAGGUCGGGGGUCUGGAGCUGUUGACCAGAUACUCCAUGAACACGGCCAGGGCCACGAGCGUGCUGUCAUCGCUGCACGAGUUUAGGACUCAGGAGAACGAACAAGCUGGAGGGAAGCAGUGGAACUGGAAGUAUUUGAGGGAUCAGUUUGAUCAAAAAGAUCUGGAAGGGUUGUAUAGAAAAUACGACGAUAAAUUAAGAGAAACAUUAAUUUAUAUUUAUAUCACAUUACUUGUAACAUUUUCUACGAUUCACAUUGUUUUGGUUAUCAUUUCUACAUACUCAGAGGAUGCACAGUCACAAUCUACAUACCUAUCCAUGGGAAUGUAUAUCUUGAGAAUAUCAAUACCUAUACUGUCCGUUUGGAAAUGUUUUUAUGAUCCAUUAAGAAAAAAGUGGUUUUGGAUGCCAAUUUUGGUCACUGUCGUCAUAACUCUUGAUCUCGUGGUUACUGAUGUGGCUGUCCCGAUAUACAGCGCCAAUGAAGGUUUCGCUUUACGCCCGGCCUACUCCACGAUGGCGCUGUUAUCUAUUUACAUAUUUCUACCCUUGAGGAACAACUUUAUGUGUAUAUUACUUGGAGUUCUCGUAAGCACGGUCUACAUCCUCAUCAUCGCACUUUUCACUUAUGCCGGAGACCCCCAGAUUGGGGUCGUGGUAAGGAUAUCCUCGGACAUCAUAUACAUGAUUGGGGUCAACUUAAUGGGCACCUACUUUAGGCUGAUGAAUGAAAUUGUAACAAGGAGGUCAUUCCUAGACAGGCGGGCUUGUGUAGAGAGUACGCUGCGAUUGAAGUUCGUCAGAGACCAAGAGGAACGUCUUAUGCUGAGUAUACUUCCAGAACACAUUGUUUCUAAAGUAAGACAAGACGUCAGAACUAUUUAUUUGAGGUUGCAAUCUCACAAUUUGACGCAGAGCAUAAAAUCUUUUAAUGAACGAUACGUCGAAGAGCAUGAUAAUGUGAGCAUUUUGUACGCAGACGUCGUGAAUUAUACAAUGAUCUCUACUACUCUGUCUCCACUUCGUAUGGUGGAACUGCUCAACGAACUAUUUGGAAGAUUCGAUGAGGCCUCUGAGGAACAAGACGUUUUAAGAAUUAAAUUCUUGGGAGAUUGCUAUUACUGCGUUAGUGGAAUACCAAAACCUACAGCUCAUCACGCCAAAAACUGCGUCGAUUUGGGUUUAGAAAUGAUUUACAUUAUUAAGGACGUCAGAGAAAAACGGUCACUCAACAUAGAUAUGAGGAUAGGUGUCCAUUCAGGAAGAAUACUUAGUGGUCUCAUUGGCAUAAGAAAAUGGCAGUUUGAUAUAUGGUCCAAAGAUGUCACAAUAGCCAGCAAAAUGGAAUCUACGGGUCAAGCGGGUAAAGUACAUGUGACGAAACAAACACUUGAGCAUUUAAUAGAUGUUGCUAGGGAAUACAUAAUUGAACCUAAUUUUGCUUCGCAAAGCGAUGAGUUUAUAACUAAACAUAAGCUAGAGACUUAUCUGCUGUCAAGACCUAUGCGAGCGCAAGAAUACAAACCAUUCAGAAGAGCAUCCGUUGGCUUAAACAAACUUUUGACCAAAACUUCUACUAGACGAUCGGAAAGGAGAACCUCUAAUUUUCGAAGGACGACGUCAUUUAUGGACGAAAACCUGGUGGAAUAUCAGCAAAUGCUAAAGGCAGCCGAUGCUCAAAUGACGCAAGAAAUUGAGGAUAUGACUAAUGGAAAAGAUCAAUAUAAAAAGGAAUCUAGGCUAAAUAGAUUUUCUUUGAUGUACAAAGACUUUAAAAUGGAGAAAGCAUUUCUAAUGUUACCAGAUCCUCUAUUCAAAUACUAUAUAACGUGUUGUCUUAUAAUACUUAUUCUGUUGUUAUUGAUCAAUGGUCUUACGACUAACUGGUUCAAAGGAUUCCAAUGGUACACGUGGUGUCUGUUUGCACUAUUUGUAUUCAUUUUACUAGCUAUACAGCCCUUGACUUGGUUUCAUUUCAUAUGGACUGCCUUUAGAGGUAUAGAGGAACCGAGAAAUCAGUUUUUGCGAUCUAUUUACGACACUUCAGUUAAAAUAAUAAAAUCAGCCAAGUUGAGAACUGCAAUGUAUUUAAUUAUCAGUUUUGGACUCUCCGCAACAUCUAUUGUGAAUGUCAUCGGAUGCUCAGAAGUUGAAGUAGACCCUAUAACACAUACAGUGCUAUCAAACUGCGUGUCUUCGUGGCACGUGACUCAAUGUUGGGGUUUGGCUUUGCUGCUUAAUUUUUUAUUUAGUAGAGUCUUUUUUAUCUUCAAAUGGAUUGUCGCUGGUGGAAUGACUGUCUUCUACUUAUGGGUUGUUUGGGAAAUAAAGACUUCGCUUUUUGCAUCAGAUAUAACCUGGAAUGUAGGUUUGGAUCCAAGGGUGUCCCAUACACUGUCCGUUGUUUUCAUAACAGUCACUCUAUACUUUAUUGAUAGAACGACAGAGUAUAGGAACAGAUUGGAUCAUUUGUGGCAAACACAGCUGAGUGAGGAGCAGCAUGAGGCUGAAACAAUGUUGAAAGUCAAUAAUAUGUUGUUGGAAAACAUAUUACCUGCUCACGUUGUACAAGUUUAUUUGAACCUAAACAGAUCUCUUGAUGAGUUGUAUUACGAGAAAUAUGACAAUGUUGCGGUAAUGUUCGCUUCACUCACUGACUACAAGCUUGGUAUGGAAGAUGAUGCCGAUCUCAGUGACAAAAUUGUUCUUAGCAUGCUAGAUAGCGUCAUUUCUGAUUUUGAUCGAUUAUUAAUGACGGGAACUUCAACAUACAAAGUAGAAAAAAUUAAGAUGGCCGGAUGGACCUACAUGGCCGCAUGUGGUUUAGAUCCCAAUAGAAGAAAUUCUUUUGAUUCAACAUCAACCCAUUCUAAACUGGGCCCUAACACGCUUUACAAUCGAGCAUUAGUGAUGACUAUGGUGGAGUUUGCAGCUGCAAUGAUGAUGAAAUUGCAAGACUUUAACAGAAGUUCGUUUCAGAAUUUUGAAGGAUUAAAUCUAAGAAUCGGGAUAUCAAAUGGAGAAGUAGCAGCAGGUGUAGUUGGAUCGUCUAAGCCACUUUAUGAUAUAUGGGGCCAUGCAGUCAAUAUGGCGUCUAGAAUGGAUUCUACAGGGGAGACUGGUAAAAUUCAAGUUACAGAAAAUACUGCUUUCAUAUUGGAUGAAUGCGGUAUUUUGACAAGUUUUAGAGGGGAAACAUUCGUUAAGGGAGCUGGGUACAUAAAAACAUACUUCGUGCCGUUAGAUGAAAAUUAUAACCUGGUCAGAAAGAAACGUAGCAGUGACUAUUGUAAAAAGGACUUUACUGCUUAUUAUUCAGCUCGAAAUAGUGUUGAUGAAGAUGUCUCAUCAGACUCAGAAACAUUUGGUACUAAAUCACAAUACUCAGUUCGCAAUGGAGGUUUGUCUGUACAUGACGAUAUCAGUCUAAGCAGAACUGUUACUCCAAUAGACGUGGACUCCUCAGAUGCCUUUGAAACACCUCGUGAUUCAACAUACACUGAAAUUAUAGAAACUCGUUUAUAAGACUGCUUUCUUUCUUAUAUUUAGUUCAAUUAAUAACGUUUCUGGAGAUCUUCCAUUGUGAAAUUUAAUUACAUGUACUACAGAAUCUGAUUUUUUAGAGAAUGUUCGUUGUCAAUUAACAGUUUAUGUAUUUAUAAAAUAUACAAGAAUUUUGAACUUCAAUUGGGUAAGGUUUAAACUACAUAUUUGUAUUUUAUGUGGGUGAAUACAAUAGAUGAAAAAAGUGUAAAUAAAGUGUUGACAAAAAUAAAUUUGUACAAACUUUUAGUUAAAUUAA